CCCCUUUCUUUCUUCCACAGCCAACGACCAGAGCAAGAAACACUAUUUAUGCGAAAAUGAUUAUUGCUCAUAACUCAAAUGUGGGUGAUUUUUAUUCAUUUAUGAUACAGAUUGAAGUUCGUUGGCUAGGAACGAUGCUCUAUAUCGAAUUUGAAAAGUUGGGGAUGAGAUUUGGGGGCCGGUUUACAGUUGGUCGAAAAUUCACAUUUUUGGACAUCUCCGACAUUUUUCCGGCGACUUCGGGGCUCGGAACAAAAAUCAAAAUAUGCAAAGGAGGUCAUCGUGAACAGACGCACCUCCUCAUAUUUCUAGUUUAAUUUUCCGAGCACCCUCCAUUUUUGGUGACUACUGUUCAUGUUGACAUGUCUCUCCAUGAAGAAAGGUUGGCUGCGGAAGAGAAAGAAAGAUAGUGGGGAAAGAAUAAAAGAAAAGGAAAAUGAAAAAAGGAAAAAGAAAAGAAAAAUUGAUGAGGCUUGCCACUUUGCGCCAUGUCAGGCCACGUGUGCGUCACAUCAGGAGGUAACCUGCUGACUGGCGGGUUACCUGCUAUAAUUCCUAUUUGACGAAAAUUUCAAAGUAAGAUGACUUAAUUGACGAAACUUAAAGUAGAAGGGCAUAAUUGACUUUCCGUACAAAGUACGAGGGCCAAUUUGACACUUUUCUCAUAAUAUAAAUCAAUAUCCACACAAAAGAUCUGGCUAUCAAGCUGCAUGCAAUGAAAUAACAUCAGGCUAGAAAUUCCACAUAUAUCUUUUUAUACUUUUAUAAUACAAAUACAAUAAAAUGUGCACACAACAUAAUCAAGGUUUUGGGUGAUCAUGCGAACGAAUAUGAUAUCAAACUAUGGUGAGAGAUAGUGAGGGGAGAUUGAAGCCGAGUAGGACCUUCUGAGUACUGGAGAAAGGGAGGGUGGAAGGAGAGACUUACA